UUCACUCAAAAACAAACACCCACUUUCACAUUUGUGUUUCUAAUUGCAGAAGUUCAUCUUUCUUUUCUCAUUCACAAGAUCAUCUCUUUUUCCCAUUCUUACUUUUCUUCUAAUUACGUGAAGACAAUUCUAUAUAAGGGUUCAAAAUGACUAUCGAUGCAGAAACCGCAAGAACCAUUGUCGGGAUCAUUGGAAAUUUCAUCUCCUUUGGCCUAUUUCUUUCUCCUGGUCCAACUUUCUACAAGAUUUGGCAAGAAAAAUCAGUUCAACAUUUCAAACCAGAUCCUUAUCUUGUAACGGUGCUCAACUGCAUGAUGUGGUGCUUAUAUGGCAUGCCCUCCGUCCAUCCCGAUAGCCUCCUCGUCGUCACCAUCAAUGGCAUCGGCUUCUUCAUCGAGAUCGCCUACGUCACUAUCUUCUUUAUCUACUCCAACACCUGGCCUAAGCGCCGAAAGAUCUUGCUCUACCUUUUCGUUGAGACCAUUUUCUUCAUUGUGAUCGUGUUCAUCACUAUGUUUUGCCUCCAUGGAACCAAGAAUAGGUCCAUGCUCGUUGGAAUUAUAUGCAUCGUCAUGAACAUUGGGAUGUACACAUCCCCCCUAACCAUCAUGAAACGUGUUAUCAAGACAAAGAGUGUCAAGUUCAUGCCGUUCUAUCUAUCAAUAGCCAACUUUGCGAAUGGCACUAUUUGGUCCAUCUAUGCUCUCAUCAAGUUUGACUCUUACGUUCUGAUCCCAAAUGGUUUGGGAGCUAUAUCUGGAUUGGUGCAGCUAAUAUUGUAUGGAUGCUACUACAAGUCUACCAAUUGGGAUGAAGAUGACAGCUCCCACCAAUCAGAAAUGGAGCUUAACGAUGGUCCUAAUAAGGCAUAAUUCUUCCAUGCUCGUAUAAGCCGCUAGGGUUUCUACACUGGAGGCGGUGUGCUAUUUUAUGUUUCGACAUCUUAUAAUACUAGCCGAGGAUGAGCUAGUUCGUUGCCUAAAUACACGAGAGCGUCUACAACUAAUUUUACUGGAAUAUGAGGUACCACAAUAAAAGAUCAGACAUGGUUUGUCGCUUGAUGUGCGUACAUGAAUUAGUCCUCGAGUGUUUGCUAUUGAUUAUUCUUAUGAAUUAUUUUUAAUUCGGCACACAAAGUGUUUUCGUGUGUCUUUCAUUUCAGAUCAUUUGUUACUAGUGGCGUUGCAUUUUCUUGUUCUCUGAAUUAUUAGCUGACUGCAAGUGCAGAGUGGAAUUAUGUGUAGUAGAGAGCAAGUUCAUUAUAUCCAUAGGGACCGAGAAAUCAAAUAAUGAAUUACUGCUA